AUGAUCACAUAUAUUGGCGACACGCAACACGUUGAUCGCUUGGUGAAUACCCUCUGUCAAGCAGCCGACGGCUUCAAAAAUGACAAGAAUGAGAGAGACCGGCUCAUAGCUCUGAAGGCCGCCCAGGAUCUAGUCGGAGCACUCCAAAAGCCCCGAGACGCAGUCAUUCAACUCAGCUACUCGCCCACUCAGAUCCUCUGUGUCAGGAUUGGCGUUGACCUCGAUAUCUUCACGACCCUCACAGAGAGGAAUAUACCCUUGCCAUUGGAAGAGAUUGCUGCUGUCAAGAACGCGGACUUGAUGUUGACAGAACGAGUAUUGCGUGUGCUUGCUGGAAUUGGAUACCUCGUGGAGCACGAUAUCAGAAUGUACGCCGCAAACACAAUGACACGACAGAUGAGUACCCGCGAAAGUGUGGCGACGGUUAAGUUCUUAUUUGAUGUUGGUAUGCCUAGCUUGGCCAAAACUCCAGAAUACUUCCGGCAAACGAGCUUCCAAAGCCCCACAGGAACGAAUAAUGGGCCUUUUCAAUACGGCGAGAAAACAGAAAAGUCUCUCUGGGAAUGGUUCUCACAGAGUCCCGAAUCCGGGAAAGAUUUCAAUACUUAUAUGGAAGGCAACCGUGGAGAUAAUUUGAACUGGGUCGAUUGGUUUCCUGUCCAGGAACGCCUGAUCGAUGGAUAUCAAGCUCAUGAGGGGGAUGUGCUGCUUGUGGACGUGGCGGGCGGGAGAGGACAUGAGCUGGCGGCUUUCGAAGCCAAGUUUCCAUCUGCCCUGGGUCGCUUGAUUUUGGAGGAUCAGCCAGGCGUUUUACCAGAGAAGAACUUCGGUCAAAAGAUUGAGAGCCUGCCAUUCGAUCUAUUCAAGCCACAGCCCAUUCAAGACGCUCGCAUCUAUUACAUGAAAUUCAUUUUGCACGACUGGACAGAUGCACAGUGUUACGAGGUCUUACAGCACUUGCGGGUUGCCAUGAAGAAAGGCUACUCGAAACUCAUCAUCGAGGAGUUCGUUUUGCCUGACAAGGGCGCUCCGUUGGCGCAGACCAUGUUGGAUUGGCAGAUGAUGGUCUUUUGCAGCAGCAUGGAGAGAACGCAGGAUCACUGGGAGAAGCUGUUAACACUGGCUGGGUUUCAAGUGGUCCAAUUCUGGUUCCCACCGCGCCAGGGACAAGGAAUCAUCGAGGCCGAAGUGGCAUAG